GCAGUCUGUCAGUGUCCCACUCAGUCAGUUCUCUUUUUUUGAGAACGACCACAAAAAGAGCCAAUAAAAUCUGAAACUAUCUUUUUAUUAUUCUAUAACUCACUUAAAUCAAUUUUUAAUAAAAACCACCUAAAGUGAAAGUGUAUUAUCGAAUAAUGCCAAACACCAAAUAGCUGCAGUUUUCAAACAACCCAUAGAGAAAAUACCAAAUCAAUAAUUUUCCAUCAAUUUGUGUGAGGCUAUUUUUAAACAAUGGAGGCCCUUAUUCCGGUUAUCAAUAAACUCCAAGACGUAUUUAAUACCGUUGGAUCUGAUGCUAUCCAUUUACCGCAAAUCGUUGUACUGGGAUCCCAGAGUUCAGGAAAAAGUUCAGUAAUAGAAAGUCUAGUAGGGAAAAGUUUCCUGCCAAGGGGCACAGGAAUUGUUACAAGACGACCACUGAUUUUACAGUUAGUCUAUUGCCCAAAAGAGGAUAAGGACCAUAGAAAUGCCAAAGAUGGAACAGUCGAAGUUGAUGACUGGGGCACUUUUCUGCACACUAAAGACAAAAUAUUCAGAGACUUUGAAAAAAUCCGUAUGGAAAUUGAAGAAGAAACCAAUCGAAUUGCUGGUAGCAAUAAAGGAAUCUGUCCAGAACCUAUUAAUCUUAAAAUAUUCUCAACCAAAGUGGUUAAUCUUACUUUAGUAGACUUACCUGGUAUCACAAAGGUUCCUGUUGGAGACCAACCUCCAGAUAUUGAACGUCAAAUCCGCGAAUUAGUUAUAAAAUACAUCGCCAAUCCCAACUCAAUUAUAUUGGCUGUGGUUACAGCCAACACUGACAUGGCAACAUCAGAAAGUUUGUCCAUUGCCAAAGAUGUGGACCCGGAUGGUAGAAGAACAUUGGCUGUAGUAACUAAACUUGACUUGAUGGACGCUGGCACUGAUGCAAUUGAUAUUUUAUGCGGCCGUGUUAUACCCGUUAAACUUGGCAUUAUUGGUGUAGUUAAUAGAUCUCAACAGGAUAUAAUGAACAAUAAAACUAUAAAGGAUUCUUUGAAAGAUGAAGCCUCAUUUCUACAAACAAAAUAUCCUACUUUAGCGGCUAGAAAUGGUACUCCGUAUUUAGCAAAGACGUUGAACAGAUUGUUGAUGCAUCAUAUUAGAGAUUGUCUGCCCGAUCUUAAAACUAGAGUCAAUUUAAUGAUGUCACAAUUUCAAUCCUUGCUUAGCUCUUAUGGGGAAGAUAUUUCAGAUAAAAGCAAAACGUUAUUGCAAAUAAUAACAAAAUUCGCCUCGGCUUAUUGUUCAACUAUUGAAGGAACUUCCAGGAACAUUGAAACUACAGAACUGUGUGGUGGUGCAAGGAUUUGCUAUAUUUUCCAUGAAACUUUUGGAAGAACUUUAGAUCAUAUACAUCCUCUAGCAGGAUUGACUAAAAUGGAUAUUCUUACAGCAAUAAGGAAUGCGAAUGGACCACGCCCUGCGCUAUUUGUGCCUGAAGUUUCUUUUGAGUUACUUGUCAAGAGGCAAAUUAGAAGACUAGAAGAGCCUUCACUUAGGUGUGUAGAGUUGAUUCAUGAAGAAAUGCAAAGGAUUAUUCAGCAUUGUGGUAAUGAAGUGCAACAAGAAAUGCUCCGUUUUCCAAAACUGUACGAUUCUAUAGUAGACGUAGUUACUCAAGUAUUAAGACGUCGUUUGCCUACAACCAAUUCGAUGGUUGAAAAUUUGGUGGCCAUAGAAUUAGCUUAUAUAAACACAAAACAUCCUGAUUUUUAUAAAGACGUGGCCGCUGUGCCUCCGACGAUGAUCAAAUCUGGAGACCAAUCUUCUAGACCUGCCAAUAGACCAAAAAGUUUGUACGGGAAACCUGCUAUGGUGCAACAACAAGCUUAUCCUGAACCUACAGAAUUGAGGUUUAACAGAGCUUCGGCCAAUACUGAUCCAGCAGAUUUUUUUAAUUAUUUAUUUCGAAUAUUACCGGUGUCUAGCUAUAAUGACUUCAUGAAUGUUGUUCAGUCAAGAUCCAACAGUAACUCUCAGCUAAACGACGACGCUACAACCUGGGUAUCAAAUCUAACUUCCCAACAAAACGGCUUAAAGGAAAAUGAUUUGAAUCACACCAAUAAAGUUUUCGAGAGUCAAGCGGAGCACGAUUUAAGAUCAGUAUUAAGCCCCGAUAAACCUGUCAACCUAUUGCCUCAGGUUCCUGUGGAUGGUCGAAGUUAUAGGAACUUAUCGGCCAACGAGGAGCACGACUGUGAAAUUAUUGAACGUCUUAUCAAAUCGUAUUUUUAUAUUGUGAGGAAAUCUAUACAGGAUACGGUGCCCAAAGCCAUAAUGCAUUUUCUAGUUAAUUUUGUUAAGGAUAAUCUACAAUCUGAGUUGGUAACUUGUUUGUAUAAGGCUGAUAAUGCAGAUCAAUUAUUAGAUGAGUCUGAGCAUAUUGCCCAGAGACGUAAGGAGGCUGGUGAUAUGUUGAAGGCAUUGCAAAGAGCGGCUCACAUAAUAAGUGAAAUAAGAGAGACGCACAUGUGGUAGGAAACCCAAAGACUAUUAGUUGAUAAUUUUUAGUAGUUUUUUAAAAUUGUGAAAUAACAAUUAGGGCCUCAUUCGAUUACCAGUCGAAAGAAGCCAUUUGGGUCGUUUCAAUCAAACAUACUGAGGAAAAAUAUAGUCUUUAGGAGAAGGUUGGAACAAACCCAUCAAUGUUUGUUUUCUUGCACUAGUUACAAAUACUUAUUUGAAUUUUUUUGCCAUUUCUGAUUGUUAUUAAAUUAAAAUAAACUUAGGACAAUUUAAGUUUUUUAUUUUUCAUUUUCCAAAAUUACCCAAAAAAAAAUACAAUUAUUUUUGCAUCUCAAGAAUUUCGAGACUCCAACUUAGUAUCUAUAAUGGUCAGGCUUGUAGGGUCCAUUGAGUGGUACUCCAAUAUACUUCGCCUGUUCUGGUGAAAGUUUCGUAAGUUUAACGGCCAAAUGAUCCAAGUGUAAUCUGGCAACUUCCUCGUCCAAAGAUUUAGGCAACACAUGAACUCCCACAGAAUAUUCUCCAGGUUUAGUCCAGAGCUCAAUCUGAGCCAAGCAUUGAUUGGUAAAGCUAUUCGACAUUACAAAUGAAGCAUGCCCAGUGGCACAGCCCAAGUUAACCAAACGUCCUUCUGCCAAAACAAUAAUGUGAUUGCCAUUUUCAAGUUCGUAUCUAUCAACUUGGGGUUUAAUGUUAACUUUAGAUUUGUGAUUUUUCUCCAGCCAGGCCACAUCAACUUCACAAUCGAAAUGACCGAUAUUACAGACAAUCGAGUCAUUUUUCAUGUUUAAUAAAUGUUGACUUUUAAUUAUAUCUUUAUUUCCUGUUGUUGUAACGAAAAUUUGUCCUUCUUUGCUAGCCUCUUCCAUUGUAGUGACUUCAUAGCCUUCCAUGGCGGCUUGAAGAGCACAAAUUGGAUCGAUUUCGGUAAUAAGUACUCUAGCACCAAAGGCCCUAAGUGAUUGGGCGCUACCUUUGCCUACAUCGCCGUAACCUGCUACCACAGCUACUUUACCAGCGAUCAUUACGUCAGUGGCGCGUUUGAUGCCAUCUAUUAAUGAUUCACGACAACCAUAUAAAUUGUCAAAUUUGCUCUUAGUUACUGAAUCAUUGACAUUUAUCGCGGGAACUGUUAAUUUUCCUUCUUUAACCAUUUUGUACAAAUUAUGAACACCUGUGGUGGUCUCUUCGCUGAGUCCUUUGCAUCCUUUCAAGUAUUCGGGAUAUUUUUGAUGGACCAGGUUGGUUAGAUCACCACCAUCGUCCAAAAUAAGGUUGAACGGUUUGCCAUUUGGGAAAACUAGGGUUUGUUCGAUGCACCAGAGGAAUUCCUCGUCGGUUUCGCCUUUCCAGGCGUAAACGGCAAUGCCUUUUUUGGCUAACGCUGCUGCGGCAUGGUCUUGCGUACUGAAGAUGUUUGAACUGGACCAUUGGACCUGAAAAUAAUAAUAAUGUUUAUCAAAACAUAAAAGGGCACAAUUAACUUUUUUUUGUCAUUUUGAAGAUAUUUCAGAAGAUGUGCCUAAGGGGAUUUUAUUGAAAAAAAAAAAAAUUUAAAAAUUAUUUUGCUUUGGUUAAAUUUGGACUCUGGGCCCUUGUAGGUAUAGCAAUGGAUAGCUAUAGUAAUUAUAUGACUGGCCGAUAUAUCAGAACUUAUUUGGCAAUUUUGUGUUUUCUACUAAACUGAUAGAGCAUUCCAGAAAGUCCGCAUUCCUAGUUCAAAACUCAAAGCACUAGUAAUAAUAAUAAAGUCGAGAAUAAAGUGUUAACACUAUUUCGAAUCAUGUUAGAGCAUUUCCUAUAAAGUAUUCAGUUGAGAACUUCACAUAUUUAAAUACUGAUAAUAUACAGGGUGUCCAGAAUAAUUUGAAGUGCAUUUGGAUUUUGGAAACCAUUGAAGAUACAGAGUGGACCAAAUGGGAAAAAGUUGCGCAGUCAAGAGCCUACAAAUAAUAUGUCAUCAACUUCUUUGACAUUUUUGAUUGUAUCAUUCAUAAUAAACAAGAUACAAAAAAGGAUCAGGGUUAAAACGC